GGAUGACAGGGUUGAGUAUCAGUCAGCAUCGAGUCAUAAUCAGUAGUUCAACUGCAGACAUCAACUGAAAUCACCAUGAAAUUCUUGGUCAUCGUCCUUGCCAUCUGGGUAGCCGCUGCUUCAGCCGCACCAGAGAGAGAACGUCGUUCCCUAUUGGGACUGCCUGGAACAGUUGUUCUGGGAGGACUUUCUCCUCUUGGUCUCGCUAAUCCAGCACUUUUGGGACUCGGUGCUCCUGGAGUGUCGGUUCUGGGACCUGCAGCGGGAUCAGUUGCUGUUGUGGGACCCUCUGCUCCUGCUGCUGCAGUCGUUGGACCCGUUGGACCUUCCGCUGCGGUUGUUGGACCGGUCGGACCUUCUGCUGCUAUUGUUGGACCGUCUGGACCUUCUGCCGCUGUUGUUGGACCAGUUGCAGGAGCAACAGUCGUCGCUGGGCCCGCUGGUGCCAUUCAAACUGGACACUCGGGUCUCCUCCUCCCCGGUCUUCUUCAUGGUUAAACCCGAAUAAACAACUCAUGGCUCUCGAUUGACAUCUCCAUCACUCGGACCAUGAGACACGUCGCAAUUACUCUGAGGCAGACGAUUGAUAUUCGAAAGGAUAUUGCACCGAAUGCCUCGAGUCUGUGGACACUGCCUGGCGAAUACCCUAGAAAUCAUGAAACUUAUCGUGAAUAUUUAAAUAUCACCUCAGUUACCUACCUCGUUUGCUAAGUUACAAUGGCUCUCCAAAGUGUUUCCAUGUAUUUGAACUAUCGAUCACCAUUUCCCAUUGAAUGGACUGUUCUCCAUCGUCGAAUAAGUUCUGUAAUCUACCUCGAACUUUCUUAUUCCCCUGGCAUUUUUUUACGUUUUUAUUCGCAGUUCUUUCAACGUAAUUGCAAAUGAACUCGGAAAAGUUUCACUCCUUCUUGCGGAUCAUAACGUAAUGCAGUUUCUGUUUUUUUGGAAAAUUCAUUGGGGAUGGGUAUCGACGAGGAUGGAAAAGUUCUGGAGAGUUUCAUUGGCUCAUGUUACAGUUUACGAUUUAAAAUAAAAGAGUAUCAGUGUACACUUUUGCAAUUA